GUUGAGAUGAUGGGAAUGUCCAACAGCUGAGCACUGGCUUCGCUAGCUACGGCUAGCACUUGUCAAAGCAUUGGAGCUGACUCGGGACAAUCACACCAUUGGGACUCUUGACUUGAUGAGUCCCAGUGACAUUGGAUCUCUGCGCAUGCUGCUGCCAACGGGUGGGCAAUAAUGUUAUAUUAACAGUCUGUAAAGCAAAAUCCCAUCCUGACCUCAUCUGAAACAACAUUGGCUGGUAUGUCAAGUCAGGUUUUGAGCCACAAUCAGAGCGCGAUGCCCGUGCGAAGACGACCGUGGAGCGUGCGGCUGAGCAACAACAAUUGAAAGCGCCGUCUUGUGUGUACAGGACGUGCUGCUGAGUCUUGUUUUUCCUUCAUCCAACUCCCCACAUUAUCAACACUGAGUGUGUGCUGCUGCACUAAGGGAAUUUCGGUGCCCUGAAAUGAUGCUUCAAUGUGACGUCCUUGUCCAGAUUAUGCAACGGGGGUGAUGCUCUCUCCAAAAAGCAAAACAGCUGACUGUUAGUCUGCUGCAUAUUAUGGAUGCAAAGUUAAAAGAAGACCUGUUCCGGAGAUAUGUGGGGGCACUGGAGCGGCGCCUUCAAGAUGGAGGGGAAAAAUAUGGGAUGGCAAACUCGCACGAGGGGGACAAUGGGAGGCACAGGGACAGCGAGGCCCUACUUUCUACAGCCACAGCGCUACUUGGAGCAUACCAGCCAGAUCCAGGACAACGUUUCCGCAUGGUGCGCUUUUAUGAAGUGGUUGAGGGUUCGCUCCGCUGCCAAAGAGGAGGCAACCUCAGGAGCCUGGAGAGAGCGUUCCACACCCUGGAAACCAUAUGCACCAAUCUCUUACUCUUCCCCUGGAAGAAAGAGUUUAGAUGUAUAAAGGCUUUCACUGGCCCGUAUGUGUACCAUCUUAAGUCUGCCAUUUCUGAGGCCGAGCUUCGAUCGCUAAUGCGCACAAUCGGCUACACGUGUGACCACGACUCGCAGUUUUAUUUCCAGGAGCAUCCUGGGGGCUCGGGUCAUCUCCGCCAGUUGGCUUUCGAGCUCUUCCUGGCCCAGGCCGAGUGUCGUCUUCUGGGAGAGGUAGUGGCUCUGGCCCGAGGUUCGGCUUCCGAGUCGGAGGCUCUGGAACUCCGCAGGGGCUGCAGAGAUGACGCGGCCGGUUGCGCCGAGGCGCUCCGCAGACGCGACAGCCUCGGGGCGGAUAUGGCUCGUCUGUCUGUGCAGCCGCUGGAUAUCGAGAGGCCCCACGCUCACCACCUGAGGCGAGGUAGCCGACCGUCCAAGUCUGUGGAUGUGACAGAUGGGGCGGGUCACUGGCACGCGGCGGCUAGCAAACCCAUCCUGAAAGCCUCGUUGAGUUUGAGGAAGGAGCCUCUAUUUGUGGAUGCCGAAGAGGAUAUGAAGGAUGAGAUCAUCAGGCCCAGCACCUCCGCAUCUCUUUUCUCUGUGGCAGCACCCCCCUCGUAUAGCCCCGUUGCUGAUUUCUUCCCCACACAGUCGCCUCCUCCAGCUGACGCUUACACAUCCUACCACCUUUCGUCUUUGGACGAGAUCGACUUGUACACAGAGAGGGGUGGGGGCGGCACUGGUGGAAGGCAAACGCCCUCGCGGCCACCGUCCAGAGAGCCCCGAGAUGCCCGAGACGGGUGGCUGCUGAAAUCCCACGGUAGCGUGAAGUGUCAGGGCUGCGGGCUGGGCUGCUCCACGAUGGGGUCCUGCCAGAGGUGCGACGUGGUCCUGUGUUCCUCCUGUCACAAUGUCGAGCCCUCCCCGUGCUGUAGUUUGCAGGACUACCACCCGAAAUCCACACGGCCGAUUGACGGGUACGUUCCCGUCAAGGAGAAGCUUUCAGUCUACUCGAACACGCACUCCCACUCGCAUCUGCACCCGCACCCCCUCACCCUGACCCAUUCGCACACCCACUCCCACCCUCACCCGCACAUGGCGGACAAACCGUUGUUGUCCACCAAGCUGUUCCCAAGCAAGUCGGUUGCCUUGACUACGCCGAAGGGAAGCAGCAGCGAGCGCAUAAGCACGGGCGGAUCGCGAUGCGGCUUCUGCAACAAGCCGGGCGCGUCUCACACCUGCGUGAACUGCUCCAAGGUGUCGUGUGACUCGUGCAUGGGCUUGUACGGCAAGGAUAUGUGCACGCGGAAGAAUCCCCAGCACAUGUUUGUGCCCAAUCAUCAGCUCAACUUCAAAUCUGGCACCAUAUCACACGUGGUGUACCGAUGAUCCAGGUAGACUGAGGGUUUGGUACUCGGCUUUCAGUCCCCUCCUUUAAACGACAGCGUCGCCGUGCACUGUUGCUUAAGCCCUGCCGCCCUUUUUCACAAGUCACUCACAAACUGACAGUCUUUUUGAACUCCACAUAGUACAUUUUCUCACACUGUUGUUAGGGCCACAUUGUCUGCUUUAAGUUAUGGCCUUUUAUCUAAUGUACGACUGCUACAUUUUGCCUUGCUACCUGCUCUUGUGAUAUUGUAGUGCUUUCCCAGUUCUUCCACCUUUUGUCCUCUAAAAGGGAGCCGGGAGUUAUAAAGUUGAAUUACUUCUCAUUGAAACUCAUGUCCAGAAUGAUAUCUACUUGUAAGCUUAAAAAAAGAAAAUCUAAUAUUAUAGAUAUAUACAUAAAAUAUAUCAUGUGCGUGUGUGUGCCUGCACUCGUAUGUGUGUGUGUGUAUGUGUGCAGAAAAUACUUCAAAAACUUGAAAAGUAGUGAGAAAAGAUACACUGGAAAUUAGUAACAUAAUAGUAUAUAUUUUUAAAACUCGAUUCUGGAAAACAAUGUGAGACUUUUAAAUAGAUUUAAAAAAAAAAGACAUUCAGGCUAUAGGUGGGAAGUACUGUAUCUCAAAGGGACUCAUUGAGACAAUGAUCAGAUGCCAUAUUCUAUUUAUAAAGUCAUGCCUUGUAAAUGACCCUCCACAUCCCUCCAAGGUUUCCAGCCGGCUGCUGUUGUAAUGCUGCUGUUGACUUGAGAAGUUGGCAUUGUUAGAUAUUGACUUCUUCCUAGUUCACAGCCCGUUCAUGUGCGUGCGUGCGUGUGCAUGCGCGCGUGCGUGCGUGUGUUUCGAGCCCAUUGUACCCCCAUGUGAAAUCUCAGAACCUCUGUGGCCCAGGAUGCUGCAGUUGCCCCUCACUCGAUCAGAGGUUCCCUGUCAAGUCUCAGGCGGAGUCACAGCAAGUGUCUGGGCCACAAAUCAAAUGCAUGCAGAUUCUCUUCAAGCAUAUGAACUUCGUUGUUUUACACAGUAUAUAAUGUGAAAGUGUUCUGUCAUGCUUUCUGUCUACCUCAAGCCAGUGUGACUUUCCAGACUUUUAAACUCCCUGAAAUGUUAGAUUUGUUAUAUUGACCACAUAUCCCGAGCAAACUGUCUAGUAGGAUAAUUUCAAAACCGUGCAAGUUUCCCAUUUUGACCGGACAUUCUUCUUGCAUCUAUACUGGUUAUAGUCAAAACGGUGCACAUGAACAAACCUGUAAAUGUAAUGCAGUAAAAUGUUGCAGAGGCUUUGUGACGCCUGAAAUGGCGCACGUGGUUGGCAGUUGAAUGAUCAUCAUCGUUUUUAGCCCACGGUUCGAUGGCUGACCGUGUUCGUUAUAGCUUAGAACAUUUUUCGCUUUGGAACAAACUACCACUGACGCCAUGUUUAGUUCAAUGUGAGUUAAGAGUGUUUAAUGCAUGCUUUGUUGUUUGUGGUGACUUGGGUUUAGGAUCACUAAGGCUCUUAUCAUAUACAAAUCUGCAGUUGAGUUCACCACAUGUAGGAACUUUAAUUUUUAUUUGUAUUAUUUUCAGUCUGGAAAUAUGCAUAACAGAUAUGCCGCCCACUAACUACAUAUUAAUUGUCACUUAAUUGCUGCUGAUCUACACUAGAAAGAAAAAAAAAAAAAAGUCACUUGAGGGACAUUUGAGUUUGUUUACAGUUUUAUGUUAAAGGAAACUCCAAAAUGGCAUCUUUGGAGUCCGGUCAUGGGGAGGCUGCAGUUUGCUGAGAAAUGGCAACAUUCCCCCAUACUAAUGUGAAAUAUAGUUUUUGUAAUGUUGGAUACCUACCUGAAUUUGUUCCCCUGGCCUGUGUGAUGUCCCUUGUCUACUUUUUGUUAAAUGAAAAAAUAAUAAUCAUAAUAAAAAAAGUACCUACUAUUAACGUGAGCAGGAAUCUAAGCACAGUAUAGCGUCGCAAAUGGCGCGCAACAGUUCUGUGCUUCUGCCGUUCAUUGCAAGCGUGAGUAAGUUUAGUGGUUUGAGGCGCGCGCACAGCAGCUUGUGGACAGCUUGGGUCCCCUGUUGCAAGUCGUGUGCCACACUGAGGCAAUUCCAAUCAAUUGAUUUGCCUCCAAAAGCCUGUUUGUAUCAUCAUACAUUUUUAGUUUUCACAUUUAAAUGGUAAAGUGUUCAAGUGAUGCAGCCAGUGACGUCAUGCAGCUGACAUUGUUGACCCUGCCCUGGCAAUUAUGUUCCAUGUAGUCAGUUAACUCAUUGCCUUAUGUUCAUAGCUGCCAUUUGCGUAAACUAAUUACUCCCUGCUGUGGACUUUAAUGGGAAUGCCUGCAAGUAUUUCUUGAGGGGGCUCUUGGUGGUCAUUCUUUCUUGAUGUUGGAAAGAAGUCAAGUGUGAUUUAUGAAGUCUUUGUUUACCAUAGUUUGGUUUUCGGGCAUGUUGGAUUGAAGACACUUUGUAUUUUAUUUCUGCCUUUCAAAAACUCAAGUUUCCUGUUUGUCGUCUUUGUAAAACCAACUUAAAGGAGAUGUUCUGCCUCAGCUUUUGAGAUCAUCAGCAGACGCAAGCUUGUUUAUCUCUGACGUCUCCAGUGACCUUAAGGUGUGCAAUCAUCCCCCCCCCCAUCUGACCAAGCCUUUUAAAUGCUUCAAAUAGUUAUCAAAUAUAUUUCCACACAUGCACACAUAUUUAGAAGUUCAACUCUUAUAGUGAGUCAUACCAGCAGCAGAGGUGACUUUUAGAAGUAUUGCAAACGUGAUGAUAAUGCCAAAUGAAGAACAAACGAUAAAAGGAUAAAAAUCCCUGGUUGUCUUAUCAUUGUUUCAUUUAGGAAAUAAUAUGGUUUUGCUCAAAUAUGGACCUGUCUGUAACCGUUAAACCUUUUCGUCGCGAACCAAUCUGUGUCACCAUCGGGUGCGAAUCUGAACAGCAGACUGCUCAUUUAGGUCACUAAAGGGCUAAACAGUUUUCAGGGCUGCUGCUGGGAUGGAAGAUGGAAAAGAAUCUAUUUAACAUUUAUCACGGGACAUGAGUUAGUGAUUUUGGACAGACUAAGAGGUUUAUUUCAUGGCAUGGAAUAUUGCAUCGGGCCGCUUGAACGCUAUUGGUUGGAGGUCAACACUUCCUUUAUGUGUGGUUGUCUUCAUUAUAAAGUAAGAAGUAUGGCGUUAGAGUCAGGCUGUCUUACCCAUUCCCAGUGCUCCUGACCCACUCUUGGCGUGCUCUCCACAGGGGCCAGACACCCCCCCGCCCCCCGCCCCUCAUAUGAGCUCUCACAACCCUCCACCCUUUUCUCCUCCGUUGCACAAUGUCUUGGUGUAUGCGAUGGAGCUUAUACGAUCAAUGUGUGGCCACGCAUGGUGUUGGAAAGGGAAAAUAGCCAAAAUUGUUAAUCGGUGAAAAUAUAUAUGUAAAUGUCUAAAACAAAUGUAAAUGAUAUUUUAUAAGAUAAUUUAAGGAAUAAAACCCUGGGGAGAAA